AACUGUCAAAAUGGGAAAAAGAUGAAGUUUCAGUGUAAAAUGGUUAGCUGAUGAGUACGGUAGAACCACACACUCUACUUGUGCAGUGAAUGCAAGCCAAUACGAAAUCAAGUGGUAAAAAGAGAGUGAAAAAGGCUUUUGAAAUCAUUCGCGUGGCCAUCGAUUAGUACGCUUAAGUGAAAACAAAACCGAAAAAAAACGCAGACAAAUUUAUCGAUGGGAAAAAUGCUAACCAAAGCAAUAAGUCACAUCAAAUGACAAAAAAUUAAGCAAAAGCAAGAGCUGAUUUUCAACUAGCCUAAUUCGUUUUAGUUGUUGCAACAAUACACACAGAGCGAUUCAGUGUGUGUUUUAAGUUUUAUUUUUUUUUCUCUGUCUCUACUAUUUACGUUUGUUUUCUUUUGAUUUUUGUAUUCUGCGUGUGUGAUUGCAGCAUCGCUCAAAUGAAAUGCGAUUCAAUAAACAGGAAUUAGCUACAUUAGCAACUCAGCCAAGCAAUAAGUUUGAAAAAGAGGGAAUUAUAUUCGUAACCGAACGUCAAGAUGGAUUCUUUCGUCGUUCUGAAGAAGUUGAUUUCGCGGAGACGGGAUGUGCUUCAAGUUCAUCGUCGUCGUUUUUCAAAAUGAAACCAAGACGCAACAUUGGCUGUAUGGGUGGAACGAACAAAGUGAGUUUGGAGCGAUGGUGUCGACUUCGUGGAAAUUUAUUAUUUUACUUUAAAUCAAGCGAUCAAUUUAGCGAGCCGCAAGGUGUAAUAGUUUUGGAAAAAUGCGAACCAGUUAUACGUAAUGAAAAACGAGAGCACGAUGGAUUUGUGUUUUUUAUCGAAUUUCAGGACAAUCUCAAGCAACGACUUUCGACAAACACCGAAUCGGAGCGUGCAGAGUGGAUACAAGCCAUACGUCAAGCAUCGUACGAAGAGAUGCGCAAAAAAUUGCAAUCUCUUCGUGAACAAAUUGAAAAUCGACGUGACACAAAACAAGAUAUCGACGUUGAUAUGAUGCGUUUGCAAAUCGGCAAAGAGAUAGAUAUUUCUGAAGUUCCGAUAUGCGAAGCCGUUAUUUCAUGCGAUAAUUUACUGUGUGAUGGCCAUGGACGGCCACCGAAUCCAACGGUUAUAGUACAAAUAUCUGAACAAAAUCGCUUAUCAUGGAUUCGAUACGGUCGCACUGAAGUGAUUGAGAGAUGCUCGAAUCCACAAUACAGGUGUACAGCUGUAUUUCGUUCAGGUGAUGGCCUACAUAAAAAUUCUUUAGUACGCUUUACGGUUUAUGAUGUUCGUGAAAAGGUGUCACAAACGGCUGUGCCACUCGGUUCGGCCGAAAUAACAUUAGGAACAAUUCAAGAAACAGCACGGCUUCGGAUACCAUUGCAAUCGAAUUCGGGAAAUGCAGGCUUUAUCACAUUGACAACGUAUUUACCGGAACAAGAGCGAAAGUAUCCACGGUCACCGGCCCGACAAAUUGAACCACCACAACGGUACGGCCAUCGACGUAGUCAAUCGUUGCCACCUAAACUUGGCAUUAAACUUAAUAUUCCACCGCCAUAUAAACUUAGUUCGGUGUUCGUAAAUCCAACGGUUCGAACAUAUCGCUUGCACUCAGGCUUGGGAGGUGACAUAAGUGUUUUUGAAGUAAUGAUGGAGAGUCGUCUAUGUUUCACCAUACCACAACAAUUGCUAUCGAUUUGGAUACUACGCGAAAAAGAACUGUUACAAGAAAUAUCUGGAAUGGGCGAAUUGGGCGGCGAAUGGCGAAAUGUACAAAUGGAAUUAUUAGAUAAACAUUUGAAAUUACUCAAGGAAUACUCGCAAGCCAAACAGAACCUACAGCAAUGUGCAAUGAACAAAUUCUUCAAGCAAUCUUCGUGUAAAAAUGACGAAUCACUUGAGUUUGCACCGGUUAAUUUACAUUUACAACGAAUGUGGGCAUAUAAUGACACAUUGAAACGUGAUGGUUUCUUGGAUGUAAUUACGGUCGGCGCAUUCACGAAACAUUCGGGCAAGACGAAAACGGGCGGUUUAAUUAAAUUGCUACAAUUGAUGAAGGAUUCUCCAUCAAAAGUCGAUCAAAUUGGUGUAAAAGUGCGUACAGCCAACGAUGCUGUUCAGUCAAUAAAGCAAUUACGCAAAGAGAUUGUGGAGAUCAUGUCGCAAUUAUUGUCAUUGGCAAAGUUGAAAAAUCCAAAAGGAAUGCUACCUUUGUGCAAUGAAAUGAUCACAAAAACUCGCUCACUCUUAAAUAUUUGGGAGCCUAGUCUGGUGGAAGAGGCAUUUGCCUUCAUCGAAAAGCAUCGUAUAAUUGAUGAUUCGACCGAUUCCAAAACAAAUUCAAUGAAAUUAUCGCCAUUUCGAAAUAUCACUCAGCAGUUGGGUGCAUUAGAACUGAAAUCGCCUGAUUUAGAAGAUUUUGCAUCUCCAACCGGUCCAAUGCCAAAUUUAUGGUCACAUCAUACUCGCCGAAAUACAUCACCAUGCGUCGAUAUUCCAAGAAUACCACGAAACGAGAACAACAAUGGGAUUGUCAAAGAGACUCAAAAUUUUAAAAUCUAUCAAGACAAUGGUGAUCAGCCAAAUAUUCGAACUGCAAAAGAUUUAUUCGAAGACAUCAAAUUGGAUAAUGUCCCAUCUGCUGAAUGUGAUAAUUUAUCAUAUUCAUUGCCACCAUUGAAUUCGGGAAACAUUGACGACGGACUGAUGUUUAGCGAAACACAUUUCGAUGUAAGCGGUGAAGUUCUGUCAUCACUACCCACACAAACGAUUCAUAGCGCCGCAGCGUGUCCGAAACGUGAUAUCAAAAAUGAUGUGCGCACUGAAAUCCGAUCAAAUGCCACAGACGAUCGAUGUAAUUCAAUGGAUUUGGGUGGUGUGUUGGUGACUGAAAAUCAAUUGAAUGAAAGUAAAAAUGAAAUUCUACUAAAUUCAAAUGAAUUCGAUGAAAAUGGUCGGUUGAGAAAUUGUUCGAUUGCUGUCGGUCAAAAUGGUACAUUUUUGGACACAAAAGCAAUGAGCUCAUCACCAUCGGCCAAUUACUAUCGACCCACCGAAGAGCCCGAACCGCUUGAUUUAACGCAGUUAAAUAUUGAAGCUAGUGUUAUGUGUUUGGUGAGCAAAGUGAAAUUUUUAUGCGGACGUUGUGGUAGUCCGGCAGUGCGUUUGCGACAACCAAAACCAAAUACACGACGUGGUUUUACCAAUAUACAAAAUACAAUUAAUAAUCAACCAUAUGCUUCCAAUCCAAAUGUGAACGACAAUGAAACGAAAUCGGAAAACACGAAUUUAUCGACAAAUGUGAAUGUUAACAAUAAUGCAAUCUCAAACACAAAAGAAACGAAUAAAGAGCUGAACUUAGCACUGAAUCAUGUGGUCGAUGGUGUUACACGAAAAGUAUCGAAAGCCAAAGGCAACAAAUUCACAGACGGAUUAGAUUUGUCAUUGACAACUGAUUGGGCAUCGGAACUUCGACCUUCGAUGAGAAAACUGAGGACGGCCAUGGAUGGACUUUUGAAAACAGCACGCUUAAUGCAUUCGGUUCAAAGGUUACAACAAGACAUGAAGAAAACAUCAACAAUUCUAAAUAUUAUCUAUCGCAGAGAUGUUUGUUUAUCGCAAUCGUUAACUGCCAUCGUAUCUGCAUUAAUGGCAAAACUUUGGGGUUCAGCCAUUACCGAAAACUAUAUACAAAUCUUAUGCACACUGGGACCGUUAGCAUAUUUUGAAGGUUUAUUGUCAUUGUAUGGAAGUGAAACCGAUAUGUGGGGCGAUAUGUGUGUGGCCAUUGAAGAUCUUAGCGCCAUCACAUUCACCCUAAUACGCAGUAACAUUCAAAGAAACACAAAAUAUUUUCCAGUACCUCGCGUGACUGGGUCACGUCAAUCGAUAACUGUAUUGCUCCCAGUUCCUGAUAAUAUUUAUUCGAUGCUUCCGAACAAAGAGUCUUCGUCGUUUAAAAUAACGCCGGUAUUCUUCAAUAUCGGUAUAAACGAGUAUGCAACAUUGUCGGAAACGCUUGGCUACACCCGCGAACAGCAUCGUUCCAAUUUCGAUAAUUAUGAUCGUCUCAAACAAUAUUUUAUCCGUUACAAAAAAAUCAUGUUGAAUUCAAAAGGAACGCCAAGUAAAAGUGAAACACUCACCGAACAAUUGCAUAACGUCACCGAUUUACUGAAUGCAAUGGAAGAAUCGCUGCGCAAAAAUGCUUCGAAAAAUACGAAAAUUCUACACUUGGCUGAAGAUAUUUGUCGUGGUUUGCACGGAUUACGUUUGACUUCUUGCAAAAGUGCCAAAGAUCGAACAGCCAUGUCCAUCACCGUGGAACAGUGCCGUAUCUUACAAAAAGAAUUCCAUUUGCCGGCAAAUAAUGUGCAAGUCGUACUAGAUACAAUGCGGAGUGAGGGAACACGAAGUGAAAACACGAUGAAGAAUAUCGGUCUCCGUAAAUACGCUUUUAAUUUGCCACAAGUGCUGAGUCUGCCACAAGUGUAUCGGCCGCCAACUGGAAGUUAUGGCAAAGCACAAUCUUAAAAACCUCUCCACAUCCACACAUCACUGUAAUUCUUAGACAAUGCCAAAUCCUCUUUUUAAACUAGUAUUUCAUAUAUUUUUUAGUAUACAUGUAUACAAAUGAAAAGUCUCACCUUUUUUGUCGUCAUGUGAUUAACCAAAAUUGUAACUCCUUUUAACCAAUUUUACCACAUAUACUUAACUUAACAUAUGUACUUUGAUCUUGAAAACACCGACUUAAACUUUCUCUAGUAGAACAAAAUUAUCGACUUUUUUUUUUAAAAUUGGUUUUUAAGAAUGAUGUAGAGAAAAAAAGCAUCCUUGGAUGAAUCUAGAGCUGUCAAUUUUUUCUGUUUUGUUUUUUAAUUUAUUGUAUAGUGAAUAAAUGCAAAUAAAAUGAAAUGUCUAAGCCUGAA